GGAAUGAAAUCAGUUUGCGUUUGACAUUCGUCACCAGCAAGACAUUAGACAAACCAAAUAGAAAUCUUUUUGGAUUCUCUGCUCUUUGGAUUACACCAGCAACAACAACAACAACGACAAUUUUGAAAUCUUCCAUUAACGAAAUAAAACAGACCACGAACACAAUCAGCAUCAUGCUUAUGCACGAGAAACUAAUGGCCGGGCAGUUCUUUGAUUUAAAAACUGAACGCAAGCCCUUGUUGUUACACCAGCAACAUCAUCAUCACCAUCAUCAACAGCAGCAGCAUCUGCAACAGCAGCAGCAACAUCAUCAUUUGCAACAGCAGCAACAUCAACCACACUUGCAAUUGCCACAAAAUCACUUGGAUUUGUAUGCAGCCUAUGCCUAUCAGCAACAAUUGCUGGGAGCAGCACUUAGUCAACAGCAGCAACAGCAGCAGCAGCAACAACAGCAACCCGCCGCCUCGGCUGAGGUUUUGGAUCUGUCACGUCGCUGCGAUAGUGUGGAAACAUCUCGCAAGACACCAUCACCAUACCAGACGAAUUUCAGCUAUGGCAGUGGCUCGCCCUCGGGUUCUCCCAGCAAUCUUAUGUAUGCGGCACAACAGCAACAGCAACAACAGCCACUCUCUUCGCUAUAUCCUGCCUUGUACUAUGGCAACUCUGGCAUUAAACAAGAACCACAAGGAUCAAGCAGCACCACAAUUACACCAAAGCCCAAUCCAACAGCCAGUUUAUUGCAAACAUUUGCCGCCGCCUCAGCAGCAGCGGCAGCAGCUGCUGCAGCUCGUCCUGCCAGCACGGCGAGCACCAUGCAAAUCGAUAUCCUGGAGACACCACAAUCACCACCAGCAACAGCUAAUCAGCAGACAGAUAGCAGUGCACCACUGACAACACCCACCAGUUCCUGCUCCACAGAUUCGGCCCUCAAGAGUACACGACCCUUCAAGACAUUUCCCCGUGAUCCCUUGGUUAUAGCAGCAAAUUUCGCUGCCACCGAUGUGUUGUUAGAUAAUCCACGAGUGGAACGCUAUACCGAAUACCGUAAACGGGUCCUCGAACAGAUCCGCAGCUCGAAUGGCGGCCAACGAACAGUGACAAAUCCAAAAAUGCGACGCACCAACUCACGCAGUGGCAGUGUCAAUGAGGGCAGCUCAUCGAACAAUAACAGCGAGAGUGAGGACCGUGUGGAGGAAUCGAGCGAUUGUGAUUCGCAUGCGGGUAAUAUGGACAAGGUAAUGCCAUCGUCAGCAUCGGCAAAGACAGCCAGUUCCGCCUCCAACUUGAGCGUCAUCUCUGGCAGCCAAGUGAAGGAUGCCGCCUACUAUGAGCGGAGACGCAAGAAUAAUGCCGCCGCCAAAAAGUCUCGUGAUCGUCGCCGUAUCAAGGAAGACGAAAUUGCCAUCCGUGCUGCCUACUUGGAGCGUCAGAAUAUCGAGUUGCUAUGCCAAAUCGAUGCACUCAAGGCUCAACUGGCUGCCUUUACCCAUGCCAAAGUGGCCACAGCCUAAAUGGAAUGCAAGUGAUGCACGAUGAUGAUGAUGAUGAUGAUGGCAGGAUGGAUCCGAAUCCGUUGCGUUGAACGUUUCCGAUUCACGUUUUGUAUAAUUCUUUUUUUUUAUGGCCAGCUUAUCUGUGAAUAUAAUAUGUUUUGGGGAGGUCUCUAUAAAAUAUGUACUUCAUAUACUCUAAUACUUAUACUAAAUGACAUGACUUAUUCUAUCAAGGUACUUUAAGUUCUUUUUGGAGCCACUGUAUACGUUCGAUUUGUAAAACUCUGAGUCGCGCAAUUAUCACCAGUUAAUUAUAAUAUAUAUAACAUCCAGAAUACAUACUAUACUCAACAUCUCGCUCACAUUUAACUAUAUAUGUAUUAUACAUUCUUUUUUUUUUUGUAUUUUUAUGAAACUAGUUAGUUUAAAAAAUUCUUUUUUUUUAUAUAUAUAUCUAUCUAUAUGUAUUUCAUAAGUGAAAAAUAAUACAUGAAAAAAAUAAAUCAAAAUCAAAAAAA